AUGUUCCCCGCAACGCUCCGGGUCGCACGCCUGCCCCGGGCCGCCGUCCGUCCCCAGACUCUCGCAGCGACCGGCCGAGCGCCGGGGUGGCCAUCCCCCUCAUUCUCGACUCAAUCUCGCCCUUUAAUCAGAUCGAAGCAGACAACAAUCGCCGUCUCCAGACCUUUCCAGUCCUCGUUACGCACGCAAAUGUCCACGAAACCGCCGGUCCAACCAACCACUAUUGACAAGCAGCACGAGAAAGAGCUCGGCCAGCAGAAACUAAAAGCUCGGCCCGAUGAAGUUACGGAGGAGUCCUCUGUUCGACAUGCCUUCGAGCAAAGCCAGGCACCACCGCCGAAAGACCGGGAAGUAACAGCUGACCUCAAGGAAGAUCUUCACGCCAUAAAAGACACCUUCGCGCUCUCCACGGUGCCCCGCGAAGCCUUUACUCUCGGCCUAGCUGGGACACUCCCCUACCUAGCCACCUCACUCUCCACCGUUCUGCUUUCCUGGAACCUCAACGUCGACUGGCCCACGCAGUCAAGCUUCCUCAACUCCUUCCUCUUCAGUCACGAAACUGCAGCCUACUGGCUGCAACUCAUCGAGCCGAUCCAAAUCGGCUAUGGAGCCGUGAUUAUCUCCUUCCUCGGCGCCAUCCAUUGGGGCCUCGAGUUUGGGGAGAAAGCCCCCUUACCAGAACGUACGCGGCUCCGAUACACCAUUGGUACCCUCGCGCCGGCGGUUGCAUGGCCCUCAGCCUUUCUGCCGCUCGAGUGGGCGCUGACAGUCCAAUUUGGCGCGUUUGCUGCGCUGUAUUUUGUGGAUUCACAGGCCACCGUCCGAGGCUGGGCGCCGGCGUGGUAUUCCACGUAUCGUUUUGUGUUGACUGGUGUCGUCGGUAUUGCUAUCCUCAUCAGCCUGAUUGGCCGCGCCAAGAUCGACCAGAGCCUUAACCGCCUAGCCACGGGUGAACUAGCGGACCGUAUGCAUGAGACGCCUCGGGGAGAUGGGAAACAGCAUAACUGGGCUCAGGAGGAAGCCGAGGAGAAGAACAAAUUAAAGGAAGAGAAGAAGAAGCGGGAGGAAGAGGAGAAGAAGAAGGAACAGGAGGAGCAGAAGAAGAAGGACGCGGAGGAGCAAAAGAAGCCAGAAGGGGGCAAGAAACAGGAGAGUAGUGAGGGCAAGCAGGGUAAGGAAGAUCCCGACAACAAGGCGGGUAACGAUAAGGAGGAAAAGAAGGAGGGAAAGACAGAGGAAAAGGAGGGAAAGAAGAAGGAAAAGAAGGCUGACAGCAGCGAGGAGAAGGAUAAGCAGGAGGAUAAGGAGAGCCAGCAGAGCGAGAAGAAAGCUGACGACAACGCGGGUGACAAGAGCAAAGGUGAUGAGAAGGAGGGCGGUAAUAAAGGCGAGCAGGCCUAG